CGGCUAGGACGAGAUUUUCAAUUCGCUCGCAACGGGCGGAUUGUUUUCUCUUCCGAAGGCCGUUGGUGUCAAUUUGCGCCGAGCCUUUCUAGGCGAAGCCGUACAUCACAAAGAAGAUGGUGGUGUUCUACGAACUCCAGCACCAGAAUGUGCCCGGGCGAGGUUGCAAAAGGCCUGCUACACACGGUCGCACGCUGGCCAGAACUGGCGCCACGAGCGAGAACAAAUCUGACGAUGCGGACACGACCGGAGCAGAUCAAAAGAUCGCGUCUGCUACCUCCGCCGGGACUAGCACACAAGAGGAAGAAGGUGGAAACGAGCAACAGCUUGCACCAGUCGAAGGGAUGACGACGACGACCACCGCGACGAUCACGACACCAAAAGCGGCAAACUCCACCGCAGCUCUCGCCACCACAACUUCUACUACCGCUUGUUUCCUCUCGCCCGCGCGGGCCACGCCCAAGGCCCAUCGCGGGAGCAACUUCUUUCGGGUGCACCACUCCGCGCGGCGGGCGUAUUUGGUGAAAUCGAUUACGAAGGACGAUUUUCGGAUUUCUUACCCGGAUAAGGAGAACUACCAUUCGAAAGAGAAAAUGAUGGCCCGGAAAAAAGUGUUGGAGGAGCAGAACCAACAGUUAUUGACGUCGAUGAAAUUGUCCAAACAAAACCCGAGGACGAUGAUGCUGCGGAACAAUCCGGAGGAUGGAGGUAUGGAAAAAAUCAUCAUGUCGUGAACGUGAUGUUGGUCGUCUAAAUUAAUCAGAACCUUGCAACACAGAUCCUCCAUAUUGGUCGCAAUACAAACUACUUUCUGCUUCUGCAAUACAAAGUUUCAUCAAAAAUCAAAUGACCUUACCUUAGAUCCCGACGUGCACACGUGGAUGAUUCGCGAUUUGCCGUGCCGCUUUCGGCAGGAAGAGCUCCGUUCGAUUCUGGACUACGAGUUUGGUCUCGAAAACAAGUACAAUUUCUUCUACCUUCCCAUGGACGUCCGGCUGCGGAACAAAAAAGCGGCUAACCGGGGCUACGGGUUUUUAAACCUGGUGGACAAAAAAGACUCGGCGUUGUUGAAGGCGGCACUACACGGUGAGUCGUUAUGUCGUGGUGCUUUUUUGUGAAUGGAAUCCGAAUCUUAUGCUUGUUUUGCAUGUGAGCUGCAUUCUACAAAAACAAAAUGCAUGCACUGCAUCACAAACUACACAAAGGUAAACGCCUCCCGGGGUCGGAAUCGAAAAAGUGUUGCCACUAUCAAAUGUAAAAAUGUCUGGGUCUGGAAGAAUGCAACUUGUCAUGCUAAGUCUGAAGCAUGCAAAAAUCUGUGUUGCAUGAUUACCAAAAGUCUUCCAGUUUUGACCAAGUCGGGAGGCAGUUUCUCAUACAGGAUAGGCAUGAGAAAGAUCGCGCAGAAUCUGUCAUGCUAGGCCCUGCAUUCCAGACGAGACCUCAUGGGUCAUGGAAAAGCUGCAUGACAAAUCGCGCAGUCUUCCAGACCCAGACAUUUUUACAUUUUAUAGCCACUUACAACCAGCCAAAAUCCAGGGUCUGUUUGCGAAUUUGUUGUUUUACAAGGGGCAGUUUUACAAUUCGAACUACAACGCCGCGAACUGGAACUACAGUACUAACGGCAACGGCUCUUACAGCAACGGCGCGAAUGCAAACGGGUUUUUUAACAACACUGGUACUGCUGGUACGGGAACAUCAUCUACAUCGAACAACGCAAAUACGUCGUCCUCGACCGGUAGUUCUUGUAACAACUAUUCGAACUAUCACCAGCACCAAAAUCACCCGAACCAGCACCAGGUGAUUAGCAACAAGAUCCCGACGGUGAAAAUUCCGUUUGUCAGCUCGUUUUUGGAGCUACAACUCUGUUUGGAGCAGCUGAAUCAGAUGGAGAUAUCUUUCGGUAGCUGUGGCGUAGAAGUGAAGGAAAGGGAGGCGGAUGAAACAACAACUGUGGAUGAAAUAAAUGAGGACAUAAGCAGCACCACAAACGGUGUCAAAAGCAAAGCCGGGAAUCAAAAAUCUGAUGGUGCAGCAGAAGACACAGCUCGAGGUGAUGAAGAUGUUUCGGCAAAAGCAAGCGACGACCAGAACAGUUCGCCCAAUGAGGAGCGGAAAAUGACUGACGGCGAGAUUUGUACUUCUAAAAACUACGAGCCAAAAACUACAAACAAGACCAACGAGUCGGAUUUGGGGUUGCUACUGGAAGGGCGUACCAUCGCGUUUUUGCCUGCCUUUGAAGAGGAGGAGGCUCCUGAUGAAGUUGUUCAUGUCGAGCAGCAGCUCCAGACCUCUGAUGCAGCUGCAGACGCGGCGGGAGGCACUACUGGCGCAAAGCUGAACGAGGAAGCGGCCACUAGUACAAGAACAACUACUACAUCUUCUGCACCGAAACUCAAAAAGAAAACGAUUCGGGAUAAGAAAUGGCUGCUGGACCAGGUGAUCAAAGAGCUGCUGAAGUCCUUUGAAAUUCUCGAGAAGGAUGAG